AUGCCGGUGGACGAUUCUGCUCGGGCCAGGGGGGAAGAUCACAGCGUUGAGCUGGCCUCGACUGUCACGCCGAACGCGAAGGAAACUGCUGCGCUACACCAACGCGGACCAGUCCCUCCCAGUCAGCCCCAGGAGUCAGUUGGCGCUGCCUUUGCCACCGGAAUCGCUACUGUCGAUGCUCAAGCACACAGGUUCGCAAACGGCUACCACUUCCCUCCUAAAUAUCCUCUGAAGGAGCAACUGUCGAUGGGAUUGGUGUCGUUCUGGAACUUCUACAACACGGGAUUUGGCUUUUUCCUUACCAUCUACUCCCUCAACGUUGUUGCGUGGGGCGGCAUGCUUUUCCUGCUGCUGUGCAAUGCCGCGCCUUCGAUGUGCUACGAUGGAGACUGCGACCACAUUGACUCGCCCCGGCGGAUAUGGAUUGAGACCGAUUCGCAGAUUCUCAAUGCCCUCUUCUGCGUCACUGGGUUUGGUCUCGCGCCAUGGCGCUUCCGUGAUCUGUACUUCUUGCUGAAGUAUCGCAUCCAAGGCGACCACGAAGCUUUGCGCGCUCUGGCAGGAGUCCAUCGCGGCUGGUUCCGCCUGCCAGGCUCCGAUAAUCUGCCGGUGGCGCUUGGCCCCAAGAAUGUCGAGGAAAUGGCCGAUAAGUUCGAUCACAACAGUGUCCCGACACCGCUGGACACCAUUCCCGAUGCACCUCCGACUGGGGUCAGAGCACCGCCCACCAAGAUGUGGAAGAUGGAUUUCGUUGUCUGGAACAACGUCGCCAACACUGGGUUCCAAGUGUGCCUGUGUACCUACAUGUGGCUGUUGAACCGUUAUGACAGACCCAGUUGGUCCACCGGCCUGUUUGUCUGCUUGGCGUGCAUCGUCGCUGCCAUUGCGGGCAUCAUGAUGGGUGUGGAGGGCAAGCAUGUCAAGACCAUUGAAGGCGUCCCCUUGACCAAGGGAGACCUCGAGCGGCUUGCUCGGGAUCGCGAGCUCGGGAUUCCGCACCACAACUACUACGGCGAUAAGGCACCAAAGGACAAGGCGAAGAAGAGCAAGCGUGGCCUUUUCGGUCGUCGCGAGAAGAACGAUUCGGUACAAGUUUGA